GUCUACGGUGCACGCCGCGCGAUGUACGAGAACUAGAUGAGUUUAAAACUUUAAAUUAAUAAGUAUACAAUGCUGACUGCCGACUCAUAGACUAUUAUUAUUAUUAUAAAAGUAAUUUCACGAUCUAUAGUGUCUAUACUCCAUAUACCAUAUAGAUUCCAGUCCAGUAGACACCAAUAUUAUACUACUAUAAUCCAACGAUCAUAUCAUCUUUUACCGAUUUUACUCGGUGUCGUUGGUAUACUCAUUUUUCAUUUACUGACGACUACGAACUUGGACAAAUAAAAAUGGCAACAUUGGACUUGGAUGAAGAAUUACUCAAAGAUGAAGAGUUAGUUACAAAUAUUAAAAAUUUAGACAAUUCAAUUGUAGAUAUUGAAACAUUACUUGAAUCAAGAAUGAGUAUAAAUUAUACCGCUUUAUCAGUAGAAGAUAAAAUUAAGCAUGAUCUACUAAUUGCAUUUACAUUGAAUAGUUUGUAUUGGGUUUACUUGCGAUUGGGUGGUACAGAUCCAACUACUCACAAUAUAAAACGAGAGUUAGAUCGUAUAAAAUCAACUAUGGAUAUGGCUAAAGGUGCUAUGGCCAAAAAAAAUAUGCUAAGAGUUGAUAAAAAAGCUGCCGAAAGGUUUAUCGAUCAUGCUCUUUGGACACCAGAAGAUAAGAAACGUAGGUCUCAUAAUAUGGAAAAACCUAAUAAAAAAAUAAAAUUUGAUGAAAAUGGCGACCCAUCAAAAUGAAAUUAUUUUAGAUAACUUUUUUUAUAUGAUGUUUAUUAUUAUAUUGUAAAUUUACAAUAAACCAAGGUUUA